GUUCGCGUACACUCGUGGUUCUAUAAGAUACCCCGUCAAAUCGAGAUGGCUAUAAAAGCAACGUCCUCCCCUGGGCCGGCUCAUAGUAGCCAGAUAUCUCUAGUAAGCCUCGCGUCGUCUCUUCUUCGCCCAAAUCUCCCCCAAUGUCUUCCACAGAUUCAGUACCAGAAGAGCCUCAGCAGCAACGGCCCUCCGACCCAGACGACGAGUAUGCAGAUGCCGAAAAGAACUAUCAACCCAAGACCCUCAAGUUCUGGAUCGUCAUCCUCAGUGUAUACAUGUCCAUCUUUCUCGUCGCGCUGGAUCGAAUGAUCAUUGCAACCGCCAUCCCAAGCAUCACGAACGAAUUCCACUCAAUCGAAGACAUCGGUUGGUACGGAAGCGCGUACAUGAUGACAUGCGCCAUUUUCAAUCCGCUUUCUGGCCGCGUAUAUCGGCUCUAUCCAACAAAAUGGGUCUUUCUCCUUUGCAUCGCCAUGUUCGAGGUUGGCUCUGCCAUCUGUGGCGCUGCUCCCACCUCCGCUGCGUUGAUCGUUGGACGUGCCAUUGCGGGUAUCGGGGCGGCCGGCAUCUUCUCUGGAGGCAUCAUGAUCAUGGUGCCGCUUGUACCCCUUCGCAAACGGCCAGUCUUCACAGGAUUCUUCGGCAUGGCCUUUGGGGUCUCUUCAGUGAUUGGACCUUUUCUCGGCGGCACUUUUACCGACAACAGCAAUUUGACUUGGAGGUGGUGCUUCUAUAUCAACCUGCCUAUCGGUGGCUUUGCCAUUGCGGCUAUACUCCUGUUCCUCCGCCUCGAAUCGCCGCCACGCAAGAAACUCUCGCUACUCGACCAACUCAAGGGACUUGAUCCCCUCGGAUGUUUGUUCUUUAUCCCGUCUAUGGUCUGCCUCGUUCUGGCACUCCAGUGGGGCGGAACUACCUAUCCCUGGUCGGCGCCCAGGAUCAUCGGCCUCCUCGUCGCCUUCGCCGUCACAUUUGUCGUGUUUCUUGUGGUCGAGGUUCUGACGCCGGAAACCGCCAUGGCUCCAACCCGCGUCGUUUUGAACCGGUCCGUCGCCGGCAGCAUGCUGGUCAUGUUGUUAAUUGCCGGAGCCACAAUGACCAUUGUCUACUAUCUGGCCAUAUGGUUCCAAGCGGCCCAAGGCCAUUCGGCGAUGCAGGCGGGCAUUCGAACCAUUCCUCUGGUCGUGUCGCUAGUGGUUUUCGGCAUCGCUACCGCCGUCUUUACCCAGAAAAUCGGCUACUACGUUCCUGCCAUGCUGUUGUCAUCCCUGUUGUGCGCCGUUGGUGCUGGCAUGCUCUCGACCCUCAAGCCGAGCGCUGGCGCCAGCAAAUGGAUUGGUUAUCAGGUGCUUUUUGGCUUGGGUGUCGGCGCCGGGCAGCAGGCCCCUAGUCUGGUCCCCCAGAAAGUCUUGCGGCGCGCGGACGUGCCUCUCGGCACGGCUUUGAUGUUCUUUAUGCAGAUGCUGGGUGGCGCCGUCUUCCUUGCCGUCAGCCAGAACAUCUUUGCCAACCAGCUUGUCGACAGCCUUCGUGGCAUCGCAGGCCUUGACGCCCAAGCGAUCAUCAACACCGGUGCCACCGCCCUCCGCAGCAUCGUGCCUGCAAGCGAGCUGGGCGUCGUCCUCAAUGCUUACAGUUAUGCUCUGACUCGGGCCUUCAUUUUAGCGGCAGCGUUGAGUGCCUGCAUGCUGCUUGCCUCCCUGCUUGUGGAGUGGAAGAGCAUCAAGGAUGACAAUGGCAGCACGUCGAAGGAUUCUACGACCGAUCCCGAGAAACACCAGGGUUCAGGCACAGUAUCAGCUGAACCUGAUGAAACUGAGUUCAAGGAUGAACCUCAAAAGUAG